CGGAAGUUCUGUUCUCACUUCGAAUAGGCAGGAUUUUAUAAUGGGGCAUGUAAAUGAUUCCAGCAUGAGCAGUGAAAAUUUGAUACCAGAAUUAGGCUAUGCCAAUUUUGUAAAUGAAACUGGCAUCAUUAAGGAAAUUGAACACUUGAGUGAAACAUUUGCAAAUGAUUUUGAAGACCCAAUUCAAUAUAGUCCUGAUGAUAUUGGUCAUUUUGAUGAUGAGUCUAUCGGAAUACCAUUAUCUCCCAAUAGCAAUUUUAUAGACCCAUUGGUUGACAUUGACUCAUCUGCUGGAGUACCCAUUUCAUCUUCUGAUUUAGUUGAUUCCUUUCACAUAAAUGAUGAGAAGAUACAAGAGAAUUGUCUGCCAUACAGUAUUAAUGAAAAUGCUGAAGAUGCGGAAGAAAAUAUUUCUUCAUCUGCUAUCAGCUGUGAAUCAAACCCCAUUAAAAGUUCUCCUAAACCUACAAAAUCAAAAAAACAUAAGAAAAAGUCAAAGAAAAAGAAAAAAUCUAGUAGUGUUAGUGUAUCUCCAAUUCUUUCUUCUGUAUCCAAAAAAGAAGAAUUUGCUCACCCUGUAUCAGAACCAGUGAAUCUUCCUCCAGAGAAUGAUAAUAUGCCAAUACCAAAACUUAAAAUAAAACUAACUGUUCCAGAUCCAGUUGCCUCUCUGUAUGCACCCACUAUUGCUGAUAAAGUCAAAAUGGGAAGGAGAGGCCAAAAUGGCAAAGUUUCAGAAUGUACAUUGCGAAUGCUAAUGAAGCAGCAUGAAAAUGCUCAGAAAAGAAAUAGAAAACUAAAAAGUAAUAAAAAUUGUACCUCAAAAAGCCAAGUAAGUGACAGUGUUAAGAGCAGUGACAUCCCUAAUUCUCAGAGCAAGAAAUCAGUUCAAAUCAGUUCAACUGAGGAAAGCUUCUCUAAUGUGGAAAAUUCUAUUCCUAAACCUGAUUCUGUAUGCUAUGAUGGUGAUCAUAAUGACUGGUUCAAUAAUCAAAAUUUUGAAACUUUGACUGACUUACCAGCUAACUUUAUGGAUGAACAUAGUGAUUUUUACCAAAACAAUGUUAAUGCUGUUCAUUCUUCAUAUGUAGAAAUUUCUCAAGUUAAGUCAACUUUUGAGAAUUUUGAUGAUCCACUUGUUACCAACCGUGAUGCAGAGCAUUUCCGUAAUACAAAAAUAAAGGGACGUGAACAACGAAAUCCUACAUCAUCUGCAGACAGUUUUCAAGUACUUGAUUCUUUGGAUGCUAGUUUUAUUAACAAACUGCCAUCUACAUCAGGUUUUGUUCCUGCUAAUACAUUUUCUUCAAAUGUUUAUUUGAACAUUCCACUUCAGAAUAGCACUGUUAGCACAGCUCCGGAUAAUAGUCACGUUAAAAAUGAAAUUUCAAAACUUGAGACAGUUUCAAUUCAUAAUUCAUCGCAAGCUUGGGUGUCUGAAACUGUCUCAUCAGGUGAAGAAUGUUCUGUACAAGAUUCAAAUGAUUGUUUUGAAAGUAUUGAAGUAUCUACUCCAGAUUUGGUGUUGAAAUUAGAUGAACUAAGAUCAGAAUGCCUUUCACCUCCAUUGAAAAGUCCAGAAUUUCUUACCACAAAUGGGAGAAAAGAUAAUAGUAUAAAUUCAAAAACAGAACAUGUGAAUAUGACUGCAUCUUUUCUUUCUCAAAAUAGCAAAAGGCUACAUGUCAAAACAAAUAAUUUGUCUUCACCUAUCAAAGACUUUAAUGAAAUAACUCCUUUAUAUUUUUUGCCACAAAAAACAGUGCGUUCUCGAGAUCGUAGUAGUAGUAGCAGUAGAUCUUCUCAUAGUGUAGAUACACAUUACUCAUCUUCUGCUAAAAGUCAACAUUCAUCCUCUCUGAAAAGUCGGAGUGAUCAUUCGAGGUCGAGAUCCCGAUGUAGUAGUCCUGAACCUCAUCGGAUUGUUAGGUAUGAUCCAAAAACUGACACAUUCUGUGAUCAGUUUGGCCGGGAGAUACGAGCUGAUGAAAGACAACGUUAUCUUCACUUAAAGUAUAGUCAUUCACGUUCAAACCGAAGCAGAUCUAGAAGUAUUUCUCAUAGUGGCAGUAGUUCAUCUCGGCACAGAAAUAGGAGCCGCAGGAGAAGUUCUAGACAUUAUAGAUCUCGUUCUAGGCAUCAGCAUGAAAGUCGAAGAAAACAUUCUCGUUCUAGAAGUAGGAGCUCUGGGCAUAGUUACAGUAGCAGGUCAAGAAACAGAUGUAGAAGCAGCUCAAGAUCAAGUAAAAGUUACUAUGACCGAAGAGAUGAACAGAAGGAAUAUAAUAAAGCAAUUGAAGAAAGGCGUGUAUUGUAUGUUGGAGAUAUUCCACAUGGCUAUACAACUGCAGAACUUAGGGCGAGAUUUAGUUGUUUUGGACCAAUUGAGGAUGCCUGCAUCAGAUCAAAAACUAACCGUUAUGUGGAGAAAAGGUAUGGCUUUGUGACAUUUAAAAACAAAUCUGAUGCAUACGAUGCUCGGGAAAAUGGUAACAAAGGAAAUUUGACUCCAAAAUUUGACUUGAACUUUGGUGGAAGAAGAUUAUUUUGUAAUGGUAAUUACACAGAUUUAGAUGCUAAAGUGGCUGAAUCCGAAGGCGGGUGGUAUUCUUACCAAACUGAUUACUACCGUCAACAAUCAGCAGAGGAAGAUGACUAUGCAGCUUUUCUGCGUGCUGAGCAAUUGCGUCGUGGCAUCACAGAAAAUAAUCGAUCUUUCAAACCAUGUGCAAAAAGGUAGAGUGUUUAAAGGUGUUAUUGUUGUAAUUUUGGGAAAUGUUAUUUAGAGGAGCUUAAUGUUAAACUGCUGCCAAAUGAAAAAAUUGCAUAAGUGUUUGUAUCACUUGCAAAACAUAUUCCAUGAGAUGAAAUGUAUAAAGUAAUGCUAAGAACUAUUGUACUUUGUUAGAUUUCAGUGUUCUGUAUGUUUAGAACAUAGCUGAAACAAACGUUAUAAAUAUAGUGGGUUUAUUUUUACAAGAUUCAUUACUAAUGUUAAAAACUUACCAAUCUCAUAUUCUUGUUAAGAUGAGAUUCUGUUUUCUCAGUUGUAUUUCUACUAAAAUUUAGAUUAGUAUUUUAUGUUUAAGAAUCAAUCAUCUGUUGCCUUAAAAUAUCAUCUUUGAUUUUGCUUCUCCUAAGAAUUCCUAACUCUAUGGCAUUUCUUAUUUUCAUCUCUGCUUGUAAAUUGUAAUGUCUGUUCAGUAUGAAAAGUCUCUUCUAAUAUAUUACAUAUUUUUAUUUCUCUCAUUCUUUGUACAUUCUGAUUGUUAUGGCUCUAAAAAAUUUAGAUAUUGUUUUUUAUCCCUAUGACAGUUUAUUUUAUAUUAUUAUUUUUAAUACAAAUUACAGUUCCUAAACUGUUUAACUCUUCAGAAAAAAUUAAAUGAAUAUUAUCAAAGAAUUAAUAGUGUUUUUGUCAUAAAUGUAUGUGAGUACAUUAUUUUAAAUACAUCAAAGUGCCAGUCUGUGUUAUUCCCAAAAAAUAUGCAAUGGUUAUUAUAAUUUGUAGUCAUGUGAUACCUUUUUGUACUUGAAGAUAAAUAUUGUUUAUAUAUUGUAUUUAAAUUUGAUCUAAGUUAACUUAUAUAAAUACUUAUUGCUGUUAUCAUUCUGUGUAAGGAUAUCUUUAAAAAAUAUAUACUAAUUUUGGCCAAUCUGUGUCAGUAAGUUUGAUUGGAUUGCUAGAUUAUGGCAAAAGAUACCCAAUUGUCUUCGCUAAAGGAUCCCUUUUUGAAGGAUUAUCCAAUGGAAAUUAUCUUAUAUUCACUUCAGACAUAAGGAGUACAGCAAAAUCUUUGUCCUGUCCUAUUCAAACUAAAAAUGUUAAGCAGCUUUUAAUUUUGAAAAAAAUGUGAGCUACCAGUAUUUUGCAGAUUUAUCCACUCAGUCAGCCUGUUAAGCCUGUCCUAAAAAUUUAUCCGUUAUAGAAUAUCAUAUACAUAAGUUGAAAUACCUGUAUAUAUGAUAUAGAUAUUUCACUAACUGCAAAUGUUAGAGUACCAGAAAUCUUGAGAGGUUCAAACUGCUUGACACUGUAAUUUUUGGCUUUGCAUUAUGUGUCAUGAGUUAAAUUUUGAUUUUUGGAUGUUUGCAUCAUGUUGGAAGACUAACAAAAUUUUGUUUCUAAAUUUGAAGAGAGGUUUUGCCAUACACUUUUAAUGCUUCCCUUUGAAGCUUUCUUAUUUAUUCAGAUAAACUACAAAUUUCUAUUUUGAAGAGAUAAAACCUUACUUUUUCUGUUUAUUUCUCCAUUAGUACUUUAGCUGUCAUUUUAUUGUUUUAAUAUCCUUGAACUAAAUUAUAGCAGCAGUAUGUAAAUAGAUGAAUUCUAUUUUGUGUCAUGUUGCAGAUUUAUGCACUGUUUGUAAAUAAUUUGCACCAUAUGUGAAAAUCAUAUAUAAACAACUGAGUUGCUGAAAGAAUGCUUGAAAAUUUUUAUUUAUAAGUUUUUCUCAUUGAGAAAUAUAAAUAUAUAGAGAAGUUGUAUAUCAACCUAAAAAUAUUUUUUUAGAUCUGUAGCCAUUAGUAACUCUGAGAUAUUAAGGUAAAACAGUUGGAUUACUUCAGCAGUAUUUAAUAAAUGCUGCAAUUAAUUAUGCAAACAUAUAAUAUAUGCAACUAUUUUUCUGUAAAAGAAAAAAAUUUAAAAGCAUCUUUUUAUUAGUGGAAGACUUGCUCUAUGCAUAAACGACAAAUUUGUGCAUCAUAUAAAUUCUGAUAUAUCCAGUUAUUCAUAGAGAUUUAAUAACUUGUGUUAAACAUCUGCUUUUGAAUGAAUAAUGUGCAUUACGACAUUAAUAAAAUUUAUUGAACAUUCUUUUAGUAGAUAGGGAUGCAAAUAGAACCAUAAAAUAGUUUUUUU